AUGGAGGAGCUGGUGAGCAUGGGUUUCCCGUCCGACUUAGCCGCCCAAGCUUUGACGGCCACCGGCGGAGAUUCGAUCCAGAAAGCCACUGAUUGGAUUCUCUCCCGCCAAACCAUAACCUCCGCCACGUCGCAGCCCAAACUCGAUCGCUUCCUCCGCCCCAAUGCCGAAACCCUAAACCCCAAGCGCCCCAAGCUCUCCUCAUCGUCAUCAUCCAGCCACCGGCCGUUGUCGGAGCGUAUGCGUCCUCUCACUCUCGACGACGUUGUAGGUCAAGACCAUCUCCUCUCCCCCACUUCUCUCCUCCGCUCCGCCGCCGAAUCCAAUCGCAUCCCUUCCGUUAUCUUCUGGGGACCACCUGGGACCGGCAAGACCUCAAUCGCCAAGUCUCUCAUCAAUUCCUGUAAGGACCCGUCUCUGUAUCGCUUCCUCUCCUUGUCUGCUGUUAGUAGCGGUGUUAAGGAUGUUAGAGAUGCCGUUGAGAGUGCCAAAAAGCUUAAUCUUGAUGGUCGAAAGAGGACUGUGCUUUUCAUGGAUGAGGUUCAUCGUUUUAACAAGUCACAGCAAGACUCCUUCUUGCCCCUCAUUGAGGAUGGUACUAUCCUCUUCAUUGGAGCCACCACUGAGAACCCUUCUUUCCAUCUCAUCACUCCUUUGCUCUCUCGCUGUACACUUCUUACUCUCAAUCCCUUGAAACCCAAUCAUGUUCACACCCUUCUCGAACGAGCUCUCCAUAGGGGUUUCUCUAAUAUCCUUGAGGUUGGCGAUUCUGUCCUUGAGUUUUUAGCUCACAACUGCGAUGGUGAUGCACGCGUCGCAUUGACUGCCCUAGAAAACUCAGCUACCAUGGCUACUGCUCGACCCGGAUCUGGGGUUGUUGUGUCCCUUGACGAUGCAAAAGAGGCUCUCCAGUGCAAACAUUUGGCCUACGACAAGGCAGGCGAACAACAUUACAACCUCAUAAGCGCACUUCACAAGUCAAUGCGCGGAGGAGAUGCUAAUGCUGCUAUCUACUGGCUGGCUAGAAUGCUCGAGGGUGGGGAAGAGCCGCUUUACAUUGCGAGGAGGCUUAUAAGGUUUGCAAGCGAGGACAUUGGGCUUGCCGACCCUUCAGCUCUUAACCAGGCGGUUGCGUGCUAUCAAGCUUCACAUUUCUUGGGUAUGCCUGAAUGCAACGUCGCUCUUGCCCAGUGCGCCGCUUACUUGGCUCUGGCUCCUAAAUCCGUUGCUGUUUACCGAGCAAUAGAAGCUGCACGGAAGGUCGUUAAGGAGUCGGUUGGACAGAAUGAAGGGGUGCCUCUACACCUGAGGAACGCUCCGACCAAGUUAAUGAAGGAACUUGGGUAUGGAAAAGAGUAUAUAUAUCCUCCCAAUGACCCUUCCUCUGCGGCAGCUCAGACAUAUCUACCUUCAUCGCUUCUGCAUUAUAAGUUCCUGGAAUGGCCGGAAGGUGAUUCAGGUGAUCUCCAAGAACAACAACACAACUUCAAGUGA